GCAGCAGCAGCAGCAACACCACCACAUCACCAUCGCUACCACUACCACUAUUGCUACCACUACCACCGUUACUACCACCACUACUGUCACUACCACCAGCAACGAUAGGAUGGACGACGCUAGCGCCCUCUCUCAACGUUCUCGACUCGAUGGCAGCCGCAACGGAGGGACGACAGGGGUGCCGAACUAGUCUCUUUCUCUCUGAUUGCGAGAGGGAGAGAAAACGUUCGCGUGUUUCGGUGUAAGAAGGGUGGUGGAGGAGGUGGAGGAGGAAGAAGAGGAGAAAGAGGAAGAAGAGGAAGAGAAGGAAGAAGAAGAAGAAGAAGAAGAAGAAGAAGAAGCAGAAGGACGUGGAUAAAGCGUGGAUUGGUGUGGAGGGGUGUAUCCGGUAGGAGCGCAGUGCCAGACCGACAGUCGCACCCCGUCUUCGUCGUCGUCGUAUUCGAAGCCACCCCACAAUUGUCAUUGCGCGGUGUGUGACGGAGAACGUCACCGAAGAAGUAACCAAGUUGGAACGAAGGAAAGGGAGGAAGAAGGGAGGAAGGAACGUUGGAAUGGAUGGCUGAGAUCGGUGCUAAUAAGAUACGAUAUAGAAAAAAUUGGAACGAUUUAGUAAAACGAUCGGCAAGUUUUCCGAAAGGGCGGGGGCGCGAGAAAGAGGGUGUUGGAGAUAAAUAGGGUAAGAGAGGUAGAGGGGGUGAGAAAGAGAUAGAGAUAGAGAGAGAUAGAGAUAGAUAGAUAGAUAGAUAGAUAGAUAGAUAGAUAGAUAGAUAGAUAGAGAGAGAGAGAGAGAGAAAGAGAGAGAGAGGGAACGAGCGCGAGCUAGAGUUUCGGCUGGCAUGGUGGCGGUGCAUCCGGUUAAGGAGCUGCCCUCGCCGUGCCCAUGACGAGGCUGCAGAUCUUCCACCAGCGUCAGGCAGAAAAGACGAAGCCGGUGUGGCUGGGAGCGUCGAAGAAGGCCCGCUCCGUCAUCCGCAUCCGCGAGGAGCUCAACGACGACGACGACGAGGACAAAGAGAAGAAGAGAAAGAAGAACGGGUUCGAAGUUCCUCGUCCUACGACGACGGCAGUGAGCGACGGACGGCCGCGACGGAGACGUCGGCGCCGUUACGACGACGUCGACGACGAGUUGUGCUGGGACGUUCCUGAGGACGGUGCCGUCGCCGGAGCCGUCGUCGUCGAGCGUUUUCGCGGGUGCACUAGGUGUUGCGUUAUUUGUGGGUGCUACGGGUGCCGGUGUUGGGAAUACGCGUCAACGAAUUCCCUUCCUCUUCUUUUUCUUCUUCUUCUUCUUAUUAUUAUUAAAAAUAAUCGGGGAUUACAAGAUUCGUAAUAAUAAGCAACCUCGUGGGCAGCUGCUGCCGCCUUCUCAAUAUGCCGCGUUGCCUCAUGGCCAAGAAAUGGAAGGCUUAUCCCUGGCCCGAUCGGCUCGAUGAUCAGCAACACGAGCAAAACGGCUCGGUUGGUAUCGAACAGGAACACGUUAACACCACGACUACCGGUCAUGAUCUCCAUAGAAAUUCUUCUUCCUUGGUUAUGGACAAGAAACAUAAUAGGCAACACCACGAGCCUGAGGAGGAGGAGAUCGACGUUGUCGGUGAUAGCGAUAACAGGCAGGUCGAUCAUCAGCAAACCUGUUGGGGUCCUCACAGUCCUACCGCUGGUGCUACCGCGCCAAGUCCACCACCGUUGAAUGCUUCUGGCGCUCUUUAUUAUCACGGUUAUACGCACGAAGCAUGGAUCAGUCACGAGGAGCCACCGAAAUAUGCAACUUUGCGAUCGGCUGCGGAACUGGCACAGCCAGUGGUACCUUCGCCACCCCCACAGGAUAUACCAGUUGUCUCGAGCGAUGGAGCGUCUCUGCAACCGACACCUACGCCCUCCAACGUUACUACGAUCUCCCACAAUUUACCACCAAGAAAAAGCUUGUCCAUGUGUUUUACCAGCACCGGCACCGCUCUAUCCUUGCCACCUAAGAAGAAGGACAUUUAUCGGCCUUAUAGUCUUCAACCAACCACCGAAAUACGUACCUCGGCCGAGGAAGAUCUAUCAGCGGCUCAGGCUAUCCUCGAUUUGAGUGCCUCACCAGCAGCACCCACGCAUUCCGUUUUCAUUCAUACUCUCUCGGCACCCCAGACGACUCAAGCACAACCUAUCGUGCAAUUGCAACAACAACAACAACAACAACAACAGCAACAACAACAACAACAGCAACAGCAACACCACCAGCAACACCAGCAACAACAACCGACCCAACAAUUACAAAGAGCACCUUCGCCCCAACCGAUACCGGUUUCCGUUUUGGUGCCAGUACCAACGUCUCAAAAUGCUCAGCUUCGUCAGCAAGAACAUGCGCCACCUCAGCCCCAAUCUCCGGCCACUGCGGAAGGCAACGUUUCUGGAAAUUGUAACGGAAGGGACGGUAGCGGUAAUGGUGCCAGCAAAACGGUCGCCUAUACCUACGAGGCCUUCUUUGUGUCCGAUGGUCGUUCGAAACGUCGCGGGAGUAACAAUGGUGCCGUGGUGCCCGAUAAAGAAGCCGUUCAACCGGACAGGCCAAAGUUCACAUGCACCGAAUGCGGCAAACAAUAUGCUACCUCGUCGAAUUUAUCGCGGCACAAGCAAACUCAUCGUAGUCUCGAUUCUCAGUCGGCAAAGAAGUGCAUUCACUGUGGCAAGGCGUAUGUCAGCAUGCCAGCCCUGGCGAUGCACGUGCUAACGCACAAGCUCGCCCACAGCUGUGGUGUUUGCGGGAAGAUGUUCUCAAGGCCUUGGCUACUUCAGGGUCAUCUUCGUAGCCACACAGGUGAGAAGCCUUACGGAUGCGCACACUGCGGUAAGGCAUUUGCCGAUCGUUCGAAUCUGCGCGCGCACAUGCAAACCCAUUCGGCCGACAAGAAUUACGAGUGCUCGAGAUGUCACAAAACGUUCGCUCUUAAAUCCUAUUUAAACAAGCAUCUCGAAUCUGCUUGUCUUCGGGACGAAGAUGUUCAACAACAACAGCAACAACAUCAACAUCAGCAUUGUACCAACGGACCUCAACAACAACAACAACAACAGCAGCAACAACAGCAGCAGCAGCAGCAGCAGCAGCAGCAACAUCAGCAGAGUCCAAAUCGAGGCUUGUAGCAGCGUUACGAGAAAUUCAACAAGCUCGACGGCUGUGCCACUGCAAACUCUCUCAGAGAAAGCUAGCGGCUUCUCGCGGUAGUUGGAUAAAUGACAAAAUGGGAAAAGAAGAAGAAAGGGAAGAUAUGCAGAAAGAGAGAGAGAGAGAGAGAGAGCGAGCAAGCGAGCAACAAAGCAAGAAAGCAAGCAAACAAGCAAGCAAGCAAGUAAACAAGAAAGCAAGCAAACAAGCGAAAGCAUCGAACGGGUCGAUCUUUAAAAAGGUUUGCCAUAGAUAUUAAGUAGUAAAGUGCCAGUGAAGAGGAAGAAAUUAAAGACGGUAGGUAAUGAUGAAAGAGAAGGAAGACAUAGUCGGUGAUCAAUAAUGUCUAACAUUUUCAAAAACGUCCAGUAAUAUUUAAGUCUUAAAAGAAACAAAGAGAGAACAAAAAAAAAACAAAACAAAAAAAUUAAGAAGAACGUACACACAUACACACACUUACAUACAUACACAUAUACACACACACACGUCGAACGAUUGACGUCCACACUGCUAUCUAGUCAUCUUAGUCGGUUAUACCUAUUACAUUACUAUAUUAUAUAUUAUUAUAUUAUAUUAUAUUAUUAUAUAUAUAUAGUAUAUAUAUAUAUAUAUUUACUAGCGCGUACGAUACUAGUCGCGAGCUCGUUAACGAAGGCACUAUUUAUCCCAAAUAACUUAAAAUUAGCUGAACUUAAAUCCGCAAUGGAUUUUCAAUGGUAUCAACAUAAAAAUAUCUCACGAAAGGAAAAAAAAAAAAAGGUAAUCUUUUUCGAAUUAUUGAGAUGAUAAUAAUGACGAUGACGCGAAACGUUGUGAUACAAAUCGCGUCGACAUUUUUUAAGGUCUUUUCGGUCUUCGACGAAUGAUACAAUUAUAAUCGUAUUAUACGACACGAACUUCUUAACGAAAUUUUCGUAACGAAGAUGAUUCUUGAAGUAUACUCGCUAAUGAUUUUAGAAAAUUCGUCGAGAAAGAGAACUAGAGAGAAAGAAAAGAGAAAGAGAAAGAGAGAUAUAUAUAUAUA